AUGCAGCAUAAGGCAGUUUCAAAUCUCCUAAUGACAUUCCACAGAUAAUCAGUCGGCAUGGAGAGCCGAGUGGGCCUGGACUACAUAGUCGAGCAUGCCGAGUACGCCAGCAAGCUUGCGGCGGCGCUCACGUCGCCCGCCGCGCCUGUCAAAAAGCAGGUAUUCGAGCUGCUGUCAGCCCUGUGUGUGUACAAUGCUGACGGCUACGCCAGGGCGGUUGACACUCUCGACCGAUACAAGACCUUGAAGAACGAACGCUACCGUCUCAGCGUGGUUGUGGAAGAACUGAAAAAUGCAAGCACGACCGACUACAAGACCGCUUUGGUGGCCUUCGUCAACUGCCUCAUCAUCAGCGCACCAAGAUUGCCAGAGAGGACUCGGGUGCGCAAUGAAUUCAUUGGCUUGGGACUGCUGCCCACACUCAACAACCUGAGACAUGAAGCGGCCAGUCAUCCGGACCUGGGCGUCCAGCUGGACGUAUUCGAAGAGCAACGGGAGAGUGACGAGGCUCAAGGCCCUGGAGGCAUCAAUCUCAACUCUCACCUGGAUGUCUUCUACGCUAUCCUCAAACAGGUGGCCGACACUCCUCAAGAGAUCCCCUUCCUGAGUAUUCUGCAGCAUCUCCUAAAGAUCGACCCAAAGGAGCCGGUCAGCGAUAUAGUGUGGGACACAGCGGAGACGCUAGUUCAUCGCGCUACUCUGCUAGAAUCUAGGGAAGAUGCUGCGAAACUGCUCAGAGCACCUAGCGUGCAGGCCAAGAUGGGAUGCACGUGCCAGCACCGAGACGUUUCCAACGCGGGCAGAAAACAGAGUCUACAGAGGGCGCUGUCGCCGCCACCUCCUCCACCGACACCAAUGCCGUUUGCUGCCCCACCACCUCCACCAAUGAUCCCCCCACCGCCCUGCAUCCCGCCACCCCCUGGCGGGCCGCCCCCGCCCCCCGCUCCCCCUAACCUAUCAGCCCCCUCCCCUAUACCGCCGGCGCCGGUCAUCGACGUGAAGCUGCCGCAGCAGGAAACGCCCAUUCCGAAGACCAAGAUGAAGACUAUCAAUUGGAAUAAGAUACCUAAUAAUAAAGUAAUUGGUCAGAAUAAUAUCUGGUCAUUGGUGGCAUCGAGUCACAAACAUUCUCCGAAGACAGAACUGGACUGGGGCGAAAUCGAAGGACUUUUCUGUCAACAGAUCCAGCCCACCGGUUCCGCGGGCUCUUCCCCCCGCUUGGGACGCAGCCCUAUUUGCGACACCUCAGGAGAGCGGAAACCAAGGAAGGAGUCUUCUGAGAUCACUCUUCUGGAUGGCAAGAGGAGUUUGAAUGUGAACAUCUUUUUGAAGCAGUUCCGAAGUUCCAAUGAAGACAUAAUCCAGCUAAUCCGCGAAGGUUCUCACGACGACAUAGGCACGGAGAAGUUGCGUGGCCUGCUCAAGAUCCUUCCGGAAAUUGAUGAGUGCGAGAUGCUGAAGGCGUUCACCGGAGACGUGACUAAACUUGGGAAUGCUGAGAAGUUCCUGAUGCAGCUCAUACAGCUACCGAAUUACAAACUGCGCAUAGAGUGCAUGUUACUAAAAGAAGAGUGGGCGUCGACGGCAGGCUACCUUGAGAGCGCCAUCAAUGCUAUUCUAGUAGCUGGUGAUGAUCUGAUGUCUUCGAGAGCUUUGCAGGAGGUGUUAUACAUAACUCUGAUCGCUGGCAACUUCCUGAACGCUGGUGGGUACGCAGGCGGAGCCGCGGGCGUGAAGCUGUCUUCCCUGCAGAAACUGCCGGACAUCAGGGCCAACAAGCCUGGGAUGAAUCUCAUGCAUUAUGUCGCUCUGCAAGCAGAGCGAAAGAACAAAGAGCUGACCCUGUUCGCCGACGACACCCGCGUACUAGAAGAGGCCGCUAAAGCCAGCGUGGAACAGCUUCACAACGAGAUCAAGACCCUGGACAACCGUGUGGCGGUGCUGAAGAAGGAAAUACAGAUGACAAAUCAGCAGGAUAUCAGGGAGCAGAUGGGUGAUUUCUUACAGGUCGCGGAGCGGGAAGUGUCAGCCCUAAAGAAGGAUAUGGAAGAAGUGGAAAGCAUUCGGAAACAGCUUGCGGAGUUCUUCUGCGAGGACCCUGUGUCCUUCAAGCUGGAAGAAUGCUUCAAGAUCUUCGUGACCUUCUGCACCAAGUUCCGAUCAGCGGUGAGUGAAAAUGAGCGACGACGAGCCAAUGAGGAACAGGCAGCUGCCAGGAGACGAGCGAGGGAUGCGGCCGCCUCUAGGAUAAAAACUGGUGGCAGUGUUUGCAGCACCCCGGUAUCGGAGUGCGAGAAUCUCAUGGAAUCCCUGCUCAUAGAUAUCCGCAAUGGACUGGGACGAAGGUCGUUGAGGAGGCCUCAUGAUGCUUCACCGUCUCCAGACGUGACUCCAACCGGCAGCCUGCGUCGUCGCAGCCGCGCAAGCCCGGGUGACGACGAAGAAGGUCUAUUGGAGUUUCUCCGACACUCCUCCCCGGCAGCCAACGACCUUAGAGAGCGAAGUGCAUGGGGCAGUCUCGAUCGUUCCUGGUCCCGCCGCGGCGCGGUGCGCGCGCGCCUGGAGAUCCCCGAGCGCGAGCGCCCCGCCUCGCCCCGCGCGCCGCCCUCCCCCGCGCCGCCCGAGGAGCCCGUCGCCAAACCCAAGGAAUGGCGGCAAAAAAUUGAAUCAUGGCUGCGCGCGAACAGCCAAGAAGAAAAACGAGACGCCGAGCUGCGAGAGAGAGCGCGGCGUGUGCAAGCGAAUCGGCGGUCCUUGGAAAACGACUCCGAGAGCGAACGAAGCACGACCCUCGACCCUCUGCCGGAGGGGCGCGCCGACUGGCGCCCCGCCGUGCUGCCCGACAGCGCCGUCGUCAAAGCCAUCGAGGCUGUUGAAGACGUACAACCUCAAACAAAAGACAACAGGGUACCGUGGAGGAAGACAGAAGAAAACGAAGAGAUGCGCCGUUUGAGACGACAGCGGUCCCGACAGCAGAUAGAACAGCCCCUCGUCUCUAUCACCGAGGAGGAGAAGCGAAAAUUGCCUGACAUCAGGAUCACCAGCCACAAAGACGUUAAAGACAGGGUCGAGAUCGACUCGGACAACAUUGAAACACCACCCGUCCAACGGAAGAUGUUCAAUCCUCCUCCAGAACGAGAGCCUUGUAGGAAAUUCCAACCGUCACUCGCUAAAAAUAAUGACAAAACGGUUGAGAUGAGAGAUCUUUGUCAAGAGAUUUUGGGAGACGGGCAGUUUGAUAGAUUCUCCGCUGCACGAAGAACGAGGAGAUACAAGAGGAAUACAGACUCCAGUUCUCCAGAAGACGAGAAGAAAUCUGACAGUCCGACGGAACUGGUAGCGGAAACUCAGGUCAUCAGACCUUCAAAACUAGAUAUUCAAGCCUCAUACGCUGUAGAGACCCCAGAAGUAGCAAAGCCUGUAGAAUCCAAUAAAGACGACAAAGAGAAUAGACUUAAGCGUUGGCAGGACAGACUUAAAAACCAAAGUACGGAGAAACCCGCACCGACCAAAGAAACUAAGCAUCCCUACUCGAGGAUGCGGCGACAGACGUCCAUUAAUCAAGAGGAUGUCCAGAAAGCUAUUAGAGAACUGAAAUCACCAACGGAGACACCAACAGGCGUGUGGUCCAGGAGUGCUUAUAGGAAAUCAAUGACUGCUAAGAACGACAAAAUACCAACAGAAAGAACGACAUCCCCAAGGAUCCCUAAAGUCAAGUCGGAGCAUGAAUUAAACGAUGAAGGUUUUGAAGAAACCCAGAGUUUGAACUCUGAAAGUGCUUCCCAAGGUGCAUCAUCAGGAUGCAACGUAGAAUGUGAUUCCCCCGUCCCUCUUAAGUCUAAAUCCCCGAUAACUCCAAAGAAAAUCACAACCAAAGAGUUAAGAACGCCACCGCGAACACCGAUAGACCCGAAACGAACUGUUCAGAAAAGACAGAGCUCUUUGAGAGUGGAAAGGUCAACUUCUCGUGCGUCCUUGCGUAGUUCAAGGAGUUCUCUGAACAGUUCAGCAUCCGUAGCCACUGUUAAAAGAGCUCCCGCGCCAGUGAAGCCUACUCCAAAAGUAGUCCCUAAACCAGUGGUCAGAAUGCCGGCAUCGCGAUCUUCAUCAAGCGGCAGCUCGGUGGGAACCUCCAGGCCUCCUUUAAAGUCAGCCAAUAGGACAUCAGGGUUCAUGCGGCCGACACAGGCUUCAAAGGGAAGGGGAAAUGUAACUCCACAACCAACUGGAAGAGCAAGCUUCAAGUAAAUACCAAAUUACAACUAAAGUUG